AUGGCAAAAGGCCAGGGACCUCCACAAGACCCAGAAACACCAACGGCACCUCCGUACCCCGGCCCCCCACUGAACCCUGACUUUGGAAUCGUCCAAUCCCAGCCAGUUCCAGUUUUCCCUAUCAGCCCACCGCCUCAGAUCAUACAGACUGUGCACUCGAGAGUGGUGAUAGAGUAUCUACCUGCUGAUGUCCCAGGACGGAUGGUUUGUCCUCAUUGCCAGAGGAGUGUUAUGACUGAAACCAAGCACAAAAACGGCUUUCUCGCCUGGAUGAUGUGUUUGACGCUAGGAUUUGCCAUGUGCUGGCUUUGCUGUUGGAUCCCCCUCUACAUCAACACAUGUAAAGACGUGCAGCACUCCUGCCCCAACUGUAACAAAGUCAUACAUAUCCACAAACAGGGAAACAAUAAUCAGACUCAAGCGGGGUGAUCUUUUUGAUUUCUUAUCAAAUCUACAUGUGAGACCAUCCUCUAAACUCCUGAGCUUAGUGAAAUGAAGUCUUUUCUAGGAGCUGAUGGUUUAACUCUUUAAGCUAGCAACUGCUCUUGUAAAACCAUUAGCAUCGGUUGUCACUUCUGUACUACAAACCCUGAAUAAAUGUAUUCAACUGAC